AUGGAUCACAUUCUCCGUCUGUCAGAAUCUGUCUAUGUGGGAAUGUGUCGUGAAGUGGGAACUCCUUCUGAAGUGAGAAUCAGGAGGGACGUGGUGGACACCGAUGAGGAGGUGUGUAGACCAGUGAGAAUAGUGAGGGGACUACAGAACAUGAGGAGUGGCAGUUCUCGUGAGGGAUUUAGACUGAAAACAUCAGACAUUGAUCAAAUGAUCUGGCCACCAAAUCAUAAAGUGAUCUGUGAUCUCUCUCAGAUCAGUCUAUACCGUAUCCCACAACACACCGUCAUUCUGAUGGAGUGCGAAGAUCUUCCACCGGGAUUUACCAGACUAAAACUGCUCACUGAUUCCUAUGAUGCUAAUGUGAGACCCUCGUGUGUUAAUCAAAAUGGCGAACAAUAUAUUUCUAGUGAGUUGAUUCGAGGGGCUUUUACGAAUUGUCGUAGAAAUGCAGUACAACACGGACCUUGUGCAUCUUAUGUGAUCGCCGGAUCAUUAGAAUGUGACGAUGCUUUCUGUUUAGAGUCUCAGCACUGGCCAACACUAGCUGCACCAUGGAUAGAAAGAUGCCGACAGAAACGCUGGCCAUCUGACAAUGUUCUACAUGACAUUGUGUGUUCCGGGUUCCAUGUCGUACCCAUAAGCAGUGGGCAUAUGAAAUAUGACGAGUGGAGAAUUUCAUUUUCUCAAGCGGAACAAAAACUAGUAUACUCAAUGAACCACGUCCAGUUUAUGUGUUACGGACUGAUGAAGAUAUUUCUCAAAGAGGUUAUUAAUUCUGAAGUUACAAAUCCCAUUCUAUGUUCAUAUUUCAUGAAAACAAUUCUAUUUUGGGUUAUUCAGGAGAAUGCCUCCUUAACAUGGACACCCUAG